UCUCUCUCCUUCCUCCCUCUCCAAGUUCCUCUCUUCAUUACAAUCCAAAACCAUGAAAAGAUUCUCUCAUCCUCUUGAAUCAACCAAUCUCACCCUAAUAUUUUUGGCUCACUAGAAUGUCUACUUCUCGUUCAAGUGGACUACUGUCUUCCUCUGCAUAAUCCUAAAACCAUGUGUAGCAAAAUGAAUAACCUCAUGCUUGAGUGCUUCAUUGGUCUCUCUCUUCAAUAGAACAAACUACCCACGCUCCUACAUCUCACUGUUAUGGAACCAAAUCCAGAACCAGAUUAUCCCAUCAAUCACCACCAUGAUCAUCAUCACUCACUCAGCAACAUGGACAUUCCAAUUAACACCAUCACCAGACCAACAACCACAGAUUCACCAUCUUCUUCAACCCUAAGCCGCUACGAGAACCAGAAGCGCCGGGAUUGGAACACCUUCUGCCAGUAUUUGGGGAGUCACAGGCCGCCAAUCCCGCUUGCCGCAUGUACCGGCAUGCAUGUCUUCGACUUCCUCCGCUACCAGGACCAGUUUGGCAAGACCAAGGUGCAUCACCAGACUUGCCCCUUCUUCGGCCUCCCGAGCCCGCCUGGUCCGUGCCCAUGCCCGCUCCGCCAGGCGUGGGGAAGCCUUGACGCGCUCCUCGGGCGGCUCCGAGCUGCCUAUGAGGAAAACGGCGGGGACCCCGGGGCAAACCCUUUCGGAGCUAGAGGUUUGAGGGUUUAUUUGAAGGAAGUCCGUGACUAUCAGACCAAAGCGAGGGGCGUUAGUUACGAGAAGAAGCGCAAGCGGCCCAAGCAGAAGGGACCGUCCCCAUGACGAGUUCUAUCUUGCCCUUAGUCUAUUUUGGAGACAGCACAGAACCAUUCACAGUGCAGAAGACAACAUAUGAUCAGACCUAAUAGAUAUAUGCGCGUUCCAAUAUACUCCGAUGUCAUCAGUCCUCUCGAUCUCCGCCAAUUACUCGAGAAAGACAUGCAAGUCUUAUAAUGUAAACCCUUGAUGUGCAAGCCCCAGU